UUGUUAGCUCAUUCUCACACUUCUAACCUGACACAGAGAGAGAGAGAGAGAGAGGGUGAUGGAGUUCAGUCUCAGCGGGAACGCGCUCAAGACCUUCGCUCGGUCGAUCACGUGUCUCGCACGCGUCGGUAACGAGCUUGCCGUUCAAGCUUCUCCUUCUCAGCUUGCUUUUCAUACUCUCAAUUCGUCGCGGUCUGCCUAUCAGUCCAUUACAUUUAAACCCAGCUUCUUUGAUGUAUAUACCAUAUCAGGUUCACAAGUGCAGUGCAGUGUGCUUUUGAAGGCUGUUUGUUCUGUUCUCAGGACACCUAUAGCAAGUAUAGACAAUCUAAGUUUGAAAUUGCCUGAACCAGAUGCAUCAAAAGUGCAAUGGACAUUGGACUGCUGCAGUGGUAUGAGAAAAACUUAUUGGAUUGCCUGCAAUGUUGAACCCGAUAUACAGCAUCUAUCUCUUGAUAGGAGAAAAUUCCCUAGCAACUUUGUCGUGAGACCUCGUGAUCUUAAUAGAUUGCUUGCUAAUUUCCAGUCAUCCCUUCAGGAGAUCACUAUCAUUGCAACAGAACCUACUUCUUUACCAUCUGAUGCUGCUAGUGAAAUUGGAGGGAAAGCUGUUGAACUUAGAAGUUAUAUGGAUCCAACAAAAGAUAACGACUCUUUGCUGCAUACUCAACUUUGGAUUGAUCCUGUAGAAGAAUUUGUGCAAUAUACUCACACUGGAGACCCGGUUGACAUAACUUUUGGUGUGAAGGAAUUGAAGGCGUUUCUGUCGUUAUGUGAAGGUUGUGAAGUUGAUAUUCAUUUAUACUUUGAAAAAGCCGGCGAGCCUAUUUUAUUGGCUCCAAAAUUUGAUCUUGAUGACGUGCCUACUUCAAAUUUUGAUGCUACGCUUGUACUGGCAACCAUGCUCACAUCACAACUCCAUGAAAGCAAUUCUUUGGAGCCUCCACAAGUGGCUACCACAAUGCAUGGUCAAGCUGAGGAUGGAUCAGGGUCCCAUGUACAACAAGAAGGGUCUAGAGCAAAUGUCUCUGAGCAUCCAUCUGAUCACACUAGAAUUUGGUCUGAGCUUUCAGGAAGUGCAGUGAAAAGCAGUUCUGGACUUGAAGAAAGACGGGUUUUAGGAGAGAGAACUUCAAACACUAGUGAGCAAAGGGAAAUUCAAAGGAUUAGCAGAAUGAAAAUAUCGAAAGAUGCACCUGCUGGGGAUGAUCCUGCAGCCCCUAGCAUCCACCAGCCUAUGGAUGAGGAUCAUGCAGGAGAAGCCCAAGAUAAGUCCAAUGGCCAUGGAUUUUCACAACGACAUCCUAGUAACUGGGUCGAUGCUGGUGAGGAUGAGGAGGAUGAUGAUGGAAAUGGAAACGAGCUGUGUGUUCAGUCAACGCCACCAUACUAUGAAGAACAGUAAUGGAAGUGGUUGAAUUAAUGAAUUGAUUCAUCUUCUCCUCAUGGUAUGAGUGCUUCUCUCAACUAAGAACCUCUAGCAUUGGUUUUUGAAUUCUCUCUAUAGUUUAAGUGCAUUCAAGGUUAGAAUAAUGAAUAUAAUUGAGAAUACGUGUUUUUAAGCUGAAUUGAUUCAUCUUUUCCUCAAGGUUAGAAUAACCUGCUGCAUUGGUUUUUGAAUUCUCUGCUUAUUAUGCAACAAGAAUAUGUUCUAGUACUUAUAUACAUGAAGCUAGUCGUUAUUACUUUUAGUUAAACGUUCUCUUCUGGUGAACUCAUAUUUUUCUCACAUUGCUUUCUUGAAAUAACUGUAGGUGGUAGCUUUUAUAAGUUUUAUUUCAUGAUCGCUAGGUUUUAGAUUGCGUGUUAGGAUAAAACAAGGAGAGGCACAUGAAUAAAACAAUCAAUGGAUUAGCCUUAAACAAAGUGUUUUAGAUAUUUCUCAUCCCUAGGAAGUAGGAACCCCAUUUUGAAGCAUUCAUUCUUAAGCAGAGGACUGAGGAUACCUAAGAGGCCAAGAGGUGAAAGUACAUUUGAAUUUCAUGUGGUUAACUGCUACUUUAUGCUUCUAUUAUUCUGCCAUAUGGCUUUCUGCAUUUAACUCCAAGGGAGUUAGUUGGGUGGUAAGUCAGGAUUAACUCUUGUAAAGGCAAGAGGUUAUAGGUGCAGCUCCCACGCCCAACAAAUUUCUUUGGAGUCAUCUUCGUCAUUCUUCAACCCUGUAAUUGCGUAGGGUGGGGUCCAAUGUAGUUGUGUCUUGGAUGAGUAUGGUUUAGUAAUGAAACCUUCCACCUAUAUUAGGAUUCUGUUAUGCAGUUGAGAUUUCACAUAGCUUAAAUCCGACACAUGAGCCCAACCGUUAAAAGUAGCUAUGGCUGUGGAGUUUUUUUUUCCUUUUGGAUUAAGUUAGUUGGGACGUGAGAUAACUAAAAUUGCUAAACAUCUUCUUCUCGAGGAAUCUUUUGAAUUUGAUUAUUAAACUUGGGUUUCCAAAUGGAAUGAUUACUCAACCACCCCAAGAGGGCGACCUUGUUUGUGAGUAUGAAUAAAACCUUGUUUGAUCUAAAAUAUCAAUUAUCCACUGUGGUGGGUCCCCCCCUAUCCUUCCCCAAGCGGCUUCCCUAACCUUUGAUGAAGGUUCUAACUGUCAUCUCAUUCUUGUUAGCUUGACAUGCCAGGAUGUUCGUAUAUAAUUCAUGGUUUUUUUUUUUAUUUUUUAUUGGGGGCUUCAAUCAAUGAUAUCACUGGCCGUAUCUGCAAUGGCCAAAAGAUGAGGAUAGUUGAACCCGCCGUUGAAAAGCUGUGGGAUUUGGAGGGAGGGAGGGUGGUUUAUAAAAUGACGUCGGUCACAAAAGAAAGUCGUCUUUGGGUUUUUAUAAGAUGAUGAUAAGGGAAAAUUUAUAAAAAAAAAAAAGUGGAAAAGAACAAUGGUAUAAGAAUUUAAAAAAUAUUAGACAGAUAUAUUCUUAAGGUUUGUUGAGAGCCAGCUGGCUUUUAGGAUGGUUCGUUGUGGGACGCGCAAACGCCGUUUUGGUGAUCUGUGAGACUGUGACAGGGUCCCACGUAUAAACGUCUACGUACAGCUCCUCUUGCCAGUCUUUCAAAGGUAACGCCAUUUUGUUCUUUUCUUUAUUUGAUACUGUAUAACUGUAAUGUGUUAAAAAAAAUACAUGUAGAAACUAGCCGUUACGCUC